AAGAAACAUGGGGUGAAUAAUGAAUCAGCAUCCCUCAGAGAGUGACGCAAUCAUUGUCACUGUCACUGCUGUACAGUGGGUGGUUUAGGUGAGUAUAAAUAUCAGCACAUCUCCCAUUUCAACCAUCAAACAGAAGAAGCAGUCAAAGGAUUUGAAGAGUCCCCAAUAAACUGACCGUCUCAAAGAUGAAGACACUCAGAGUUGCAGUUGUUGUAGCCGUCGUGCUCACAUUCAUUUGUAUCCAGGAGAGCUCUGCUGUCCCUGUCACUGAGGUUCAACUGAAAGAGCCAAAUAACAAUGACAGUCCAGUUGCAGAACAUUCUGAACACCCAGAGGCCUCAGUGGAUGCAUGGAUGAUGCCGUAUAACAGCAGACAGAAGCGUGGCAUCGACUGUGAAUUUUGCUGCGACUGCUGCACCCCUGGUGUCUGUGGACUGUGCUGCAGAUUCUGAGGAUUCUUCAAACAAUAGUUAGACUCACAAAUACGACUUGAUCAAUUGGAGCAUUCAUGAUGAAUGUAUUUAUGCUUCAUUCUUGUUGUUGUGAAUACCAUAACAUAAACUUCAUGAUAUGCUGACUAUUUGCUGACUGUAAUUUAUCAUACAAAUACAAGUGAAGUAGCAAAUACAA